AGUCCUCGGAAGCCUCUUGGCACCAGCUGUACAGACACCUCAAGUGCAGCAGCUCUUGCAGGAAGCGCCUGUCUACUUUUAGCCAGCUUGUUGCGCGUCGGAAGUCAGGAGCAGCUGCUGCAAUAUCCAUUGCUGCAGCAGCCAGAGCAAAUGCAGGCACUGUUGCAGCAGCUGUUAGAAGAUCGUGCUGCUGCGGUGCAGGCAGCGGCGCUUCAGGCGUAUAAACACCUCGUGCGGCAGUCAAAGGGUCAGCAGCAGCAGCUUACCGUGUGCUGGGGCUUGUUGCCCACCGUGCAUGCAGCAGUGACGACUGCAGCAACAGCAGCUGCUCAAGGCGCAGGAGAUUGGAAGCCUAUUGGGGAGGCUUUGGUUGCAGCGAAGUGGCUGUGUAGGAUGUCUGCUCAAUUCCUGCACCCCCCGAAUACGGCAACUGCCGCGUCUGCUGCGGCGCAGAUUUGUGAACUUGCGUUUGCGCAUCUCUUUUCAACAAAUCCUGUUGCAGAGCAGCUGCUGCUGCAGCUGCUGCGUGUGCGCGCCGGCAGCGGGGGGGUGACAGAAGCAGCUGCCAACUCGCUGCUCGCGGAUUUGGAAGGCUGCAGCAGCAGCAGCACACUAACAGGACGUCGGCUGCAGCAGCUGGGAGACUAUUUCUUUCGUGUACUGCUGCGGGUGCAUGCAGAGGCAGCUGCAGCACAAGACGCGGAGGGCUUUGAUAGCUCUGCCGAAGACGCAGCGCCAGCCUCGGCGCUGCAGCUAGAAGCAGAGCUCGCCGAAGAAAACUGGGAGCUUGUUGUCUGA